AGGACUCCUUAAUUUUCACGAUAGGAUAAUGUAAGAGUAGAAAUCUCUACACGAUUUAAUGUAAAAAGCUCCUGGACUGGAUCUUUCUGGACUUUUUCUCGAAACGACGGUACGGUGAUGAAACGUGGAGUUUCCAGUUUUCAGACUAAUCGUGCGAUAAUGAUACGCCAUGGCAUCGUCAUACUACUUGCUCUUCUGUGGUUCGCCAUAGCCGAAGCUUCUCAGUGCUCAAUUAAUGGACUACCACUCGUGAAAAAUAUUAGCGAACUUCCACAACACAACUACGGGAAGUCCGGUUUAUCUCACUCUACAAUUGCAGGUUCAGUCUUGCACGGCAUGAAAGAGAUAGAGGUGUGGCUUCAAACAUUUGCUCCUGGAACUAGCACACCAAUCCACAGGCACUCAUGUGAAGAAGUUUUUGUCGUCUUGAAGGGUCAAGGCACUCUCUAUAUUGCUCCUAGUUCACAUUCAAAAUACCCAGGGAACCCGCAGGAGUUUCAUAUAUUCCCUAAUAGCACUUUCCAUAUCCCUGUUAAUGAUGUUCACCAGGUAUGGAACACUGGUGAACAUGAAGAUCUACAAGUUUUAGUUGUUAUAUCUCGUCCCCCAGUGAAAGUGUUUAUGUACAAUGACUGGUCGAUGCCACACACAGCUUCCAAAUUGAAGUUCCCGUUUUACUGGGAUGAGGAAUGUUAUCAGACAACAACGAGGAAAGAUGAGCUUUAGCCAGAAAAGUAGGCACUGCAGUUAACUACAUUAGCAUGGUGUUUGGUGAACGAGUCAAACAUUGACUCAUACAAGAGCAAUGUAAGCUUUAGUUUCACUCCCUAGCUGCUAAUACAUGAUUUCUUAAUUCAGGAACAUGACUACAUGCGGUUUCCCAGUUGCUGUUAUUGCAUUUUGACUCUGACGGGAGAUUAUUCUUGUACUGUGUGUAAUGAAGAUAAGUGCACGUACUCCAUCACCCUCUGAAUAUCAGAUUAUCCAUCACUCUUUGAAUAAAUAGAUCAUGGAUAAUGUGUCUU